UCACAGGCUCAGAACUAGGCACAGGGGCACCAUCAAGGUCAAGGCUGGGCACUGGGUGCAGUGCUAAGAGCUGGGCCCAGAAGCCACUGCCUCAGGCCAGGCACCGGGACCCCUGCUCCAGAGAGGUUCUUGACAGCAGCAUCAAGGAGGCCCUGGCAAGGUGUUGCCACGGCCACACUGCCUCCUCCUUAGAGUCUUGCUGCUGCCGCAGCCAGGUUACCAGGAGCUGUGAGGACUGGACAUCUGCUUGCCAUGGCGUGCGGGUCAGGGGAUCUUCUUACAUCUCCAGUUCCUUCUGCCAGAUUAGUGAAUCAGCCAUAUGUUGAAGGGCCCUGGUUCCUGGCCUGCGGUAACACCAACGUAUCCUGCAAGAUGGUGAAGGGGAAGAUGGUGGAGGUAGGCAAGUGGCCGUGGCAGGUGAGCAUCCUGUUCCUGGGCGCAUACAUUUGCAGCGGCUCUCUCAUCCAUCGCCAGUGGGUCCUCACAGCCGCGCACUGCUUAGAGAGAUCCAAGGACCCCACACAGUACUCCGUGAUGGUGGGAGUCCAGCACCUCUCGGAAAAUGGCACUCAGAUCCCACUCACUCGCAUCGUGAUUCAUGAGGAUUACAAAAAUAACAUUGCCCGGGACAUUGCCGUCCUGAAGCUCCGGGAUGCUGUCUUGUGGUCCCCGCUGGUCCAGCCCAUCUGCCUCCCCAACAACAGAUUCAAGCCACACUUUGGAAACAUGUGCUGGGUGAUCGGGUGGGGAAUGACAGGAAAAAACGUGACCUCAAAGUCCCCCUCCAGUCUUCGGGAAGUGGCCGUCAAGAUUGUAAACAAUGACAUCUGCAGUAAACGGUACCGAUUCCUCUUCUCCACGACCCCAAAUUUUCUUGGGAAAGAUGUGCUGUGCGCCACCUCAGAAUGGGGCUUGGAUACUUGUCAGGCCAACUCUGGCAGCUCCCUUGUCUGCCAAGUGAACAAGACUUGGAUUCAGAUGGGAGUGGUGAGCUGGAGCUUUAGCUGCGGCCGGCGCCAGUACCCAGGCAUCUACACCAGCACCUCCUACUUCACCAACUGGAUCCGGACUCAGGUUGCUGACAUGAGGUUCCUCAGCAGGGCCGGCCCUGCCUUCCUGAGCCCCGUCUUCCUCACCGGCUACAUCCUGCUGGUCUCCUUGGGCUCCCUGUGGCUCUUGUGAGCUGUGUUUUCAGCAUGGGCCCUCCCGGAGGCUGCUUCCCUCCUCUCUGCUCUGCCCUCAGGAGAAGUAGAGGCCAGAAGGUGCACAGGAUGGCAGAGCAGACUGACCUUGGGGGAGUGUCCCAGAGCCACUGUGUUUUCAGUUCAAUGAAGAUUCUCUUGAACUUUGA